AUGUUUUUAAAAAAAAUAUUUUAUGCUGCACUGACCCAAUAAAUGGUAUAUUCUUUGAAAAACAAAAGGUUACCUACUGCAGCUUUAAAUCAAAACCUCCAGUCUAAACGAACACUCAGUAGACUACAAAUGAGACACACGCUCUGCGCAAGUGUGGCGCAGUCAGUGCCCUCCUGAGCUCGACCAUGCUCACAGAGCAGAAGUACUUGCAUGCAGCUGGCCACCGCCUCGCAUUGCGCUACUCUGCAGAGACUAUGUAGACUAUGCAGUAAAGACACUAUGAUGGCCACUCGCCGCGUGCAUGCGCUAACAUAACACUAUUCAUACCGACAAAUAUGAAUCAUGCAUCUGACGCUUCUCUUCAUUUUGCUCGUGAGCAUCUUCGUUUCCGGGUUGCAGUCUGUAACGACAGCGCCGCGCGUGGAGAAUGAGUCUGCUGGGGAUGCUGUGUCAGUGCGGGUGGAGCAGGAUGCCACUGCACCACCUUCCACACACAAUGGGAGCACCCAGGAGGCUGAACACACCAUCACAUAUCCAUCUCGCCUCAUUUACUACAUUAACGAGGAAUCUGAGAGCACUUACCAUAACCUGAACACUCAGACCAAGAUCCCGGGCCAGCAGGGCCAGGUAGUCCAUUUGGCUCAAGCCAGUUUUCAGCUUGAGGCUUUUGGAUCCAGAUUCAUACUAGACCUCAUAUUAAACAAUGACCUACUAUCCUCCGAUUAUGUGGAGAUUCACUAUGAGGAAGGAAAACCUAUCAUGUCUAAGGGUGGAGAGCACUGUUAUUACCGUGGCCAGGUGAGAGGGAAUGUGGCAUCUCGUGUAGCCCUGUCAACUUGUGACGGCUUGCAUGGCAUGUUUGAUGAUGGCGUUUAUGUGUAUUUUAUUGAGCCUAUGAAACACUCGAUUGAUGGUGCUGCUAGACCCCACAGACUGCAGAGGAUGGCCAGCUUUCUAAGCCCUCAUGACCCCAAGGAUGCAGAUGAGGAGGGCCAACUGGAUGACAUGGCUUGGCUGCAGCGCAGGAAAAAGCGUGCUAUGCCAAGAAAUGUGUUUGAGGAGAUGAAGUAUAUCGAACUCAUGAUUAUCAGUGACCACAAUAUGUUUAAAAGACAGAAGACCAAGCAGCAAACCCGGAACUUUGCGAAGUCAGUGGUCAAUCUGGUGGAUGCUGUCUUUACAGAACAAUUGAACACACGUGUGGUCCUGGUUGCUAUGGAAAUAUGGACAGACAAGGACCAUAUUCCAAUCGGAGUGAUGCCAUUGGACAUGCUGCGAGACUUCGCGAAAUACCGACAGCAGCACAUAAAACAGCAUGUAGAUGCAGUGCACCUGUUCUCUAAUGUGACGUUUCACUACCGUCAGAGCAGCGCUGCAUUCUUCGGAGGCAUGUGUUCACUCAGCCGUGGGGUUGGAGUGAACGAGUAUGGAUCUGCAUGGACUGUGGCUGUCUCACUGUCCCAGAGUCUGGCUCAGAACUUAGGCAUUCAAUGGGAUCCUGCAUACAGCAAGAAUAAGGAGUGUGGCUGUGUUGACUCAUGGGUGGGUUGCAUCAUGGAGGACACAGGAGUGCAGCACCCACGAAGGUUUUCUAAGUGUAGUAUUUCAGACUAUAAAGAGUUCCUUCUGAAAGGUGGAGGUUCGUGCCUAUUCAAUAGGCCCAACAAGCUGUUUGAGUCGACUGAGUGUGGGAAUGGCUACGUGGAGGUGGGAGAGGAGUGUGACUGCGGUGUAAGAGCUGGAUGCUAUAAGGAAUGCUGCAAAAAGUGUUCUUUGUCAAAUGGAGCGCACUGUAGUGAUGGGCCUUGCUGCAACAGCACUUGCCUGUUUUACCCAAGAGGCUUCAGUUGUCGCUAUGCAGUGAAUGACUGUGAUAUUUCAGAGACCUGCUCAGGAGACUCUGGACAGUGCCCUCCUAACCUCCACAAACAGGAUGGCUCAUUAUGCCAUCUUGACCAGGGACGCUGCUAUAGUGGAGAGUGUAAGACCAGAGAAAACCAAUGCAAAUAUGUGUGGGGUCCAAAAUCUGGGGGGUCGGAGAAGUUCUGCUAUGAGAAGUUGAACACAGAAGGAUCUGAGAAAGGGAACUGUGGGGAAGAUGGAGAGAAAUGGAUCCAAUGUGGAAAGCACGAUGUGUUCUGUGGGUAUCUGCUGUGCACUAAUGUUGGGCCAAUACCCCGCAUCGGAAGAAUAAAGGGAGAGAUCACGCCCAUAUCCUUUAACCACCAGGGCCGACUGAUUGAAUGCAGUGGCGGUCAUGUGUUAUUGGAUGAUGACACUGAUCUGGGUUACGUGGAGGAUGGGAUGCCAUGUGGGCCAUCCAUGAUGUGCCUUGACCGUAAAUGUCUGCCCAUCCAAUUCUUCAACAUGAGUGCCUGUCCUACCGGGCCCAACGGCCGCAUCUGCUCAAACCAUGGGGUUUGCAAUAAUGAGGCGACAUGUACGUGUGAUGUGACAUGGGCGGGAACUGACUGCAGCAUACCCGACCCUCCUAAACAGCCCGCUUCCAAUGAAGACGAAGAACCACGGGCAAAUGUGGCCACUAACAGGCUGAUAGGGGCUCUAGCAGGGACUGUUCUGGCCCUGGGGGUUCUGUUUGGAGGAACUGGGUGGGGACUUGAGUAAGCAAUUUUUUCCAUGGUGCUGCUGCCCUGUGUGUGACAGUGCAGUGACCUGCCUAUGCUGGUGUGUGACUGUGUUUGUGUAUAUGUGUAGUGGCUGUAGUAUGUAGCUUGUAACCAUGGUGAUGUGAGUGUUUUUCCUAAGUCUGUGUGGUAUCCUGUGAUUGAUUGUAAGAACCUCUUUCCAACUAUCCUGUCCCAUUUUUGUCAUUUGACUGUUGCUAUACAUCUCCUGCUGUUUGAGAGCAUAGAUACUGGCAUUCAUAUCAGUAAAAUCUAAUCUCUCAGGUUUUUGGGACUCAACUCAUCAGGCAUUGCAUGGGGUUGUGUUAAUUUAGGGUUCAGAAACACUAAGGUAAUCCACUGAGCUACCACAUGUGGACUAGACAGUAUAAGCUCAUUAACCAAAAACUGAUCAGUAACAGAUUUGCACUACUGUACUAUACGCGUGUGUCUAAAUGAAAAGCAAUUAAUCUGUUAGACUACAAAUAUAGUUGUGAUCUAUCAUUGCCUUAAAGCCAUGUCUGAGGCCUCUUCAUUGCACUGUCUCACCUUUUUCCCAUGAGCUGGUGCACUUCUGGCAUUAAGUCCUGCCAUGGGUAUUGUUUGGAUUACUGCAUUAGCAUCAGUAGUUAUAUAUUGCAGUGGCUUUGCUCCAAAAUGGGUGGGAACUGAACAAAUCUUUACAUUUACAUUAUACUCACAUGACACUUUUAUACAAAGCAACUUACAUUUGAGACAGGACACAACUGAGCAGUUGAGGGAAUAAGGGUCUUGCUCAAGGGCCAAGUCUUCCAAAAUGUCUCACCAGGAAAAAUCCUGGAGUUCUUAUUGAAUAUUAAAGUGACCUAAUAUAGCUGCUGUUGUUGACGCUGCUGAAAUGUUGUAAGAUUUUAUUGUUGUAAUGCUGUACGAAUUACUGGAAUGCCCUGCUUUACCUACCUUGAUCUUGCCAUGAAAACAGCCAUUGAUGCUGGCAUGGCAUUAAAAGAACAAUGAAUAAAUAAAUAAACUUGCUCAAGGGCCCAACAGUGGCAGUUUGGCCAUACUGGGUUUUGAACUUGCAACCAGCAGCCCAUAGCCUUAACCACUGAGCCAUCAUAUCCCUGUUGAGAUACCACUGCCCUCUUACAACAAGCAAUUUAAUAUUCAACAUUAAACAAAAAUGGAUGGUUCUCAAAACAUGUUUACGGCGACUUUAAUUUCUCUACCAGUAGGUACUAGCAUUUUAUUUAUACACACAUACAUUUUGCCUAUGUAAUGUUUAAGUGAUGACAUCAUCACAGUUUUUAUGGUGGCAUGCUACAUGGUAAAAAAAAAAUUAUUUGCAUAGAUAAUCUGAGGUUACUGGGAAAUAAAUUUCCACCUGCUGCUAUCAUUUAGGAAUGUGAUAUUCGUAUCACAAAUAACUUAACUGUGUACAAGUGAAGUUUUCUUUGGAAAUGUUUAUAGAUUUAUUAGUAGGUCUUUUCUAUAUCGCUAUAAGUGCAAAUUAAAUAUAAUUAGAAUUCAAUGAUUAUUUAAGAACAGCAGUAGAACUGCUUAGCUAGGCAGAUGUAGAUAUUUUUGUACAAAGAGGUUAACCUGCUUGAAGAAACAAGCGUGAUUGUGUCUUGCAACUUUAAACUUUUUAUAACUAUAUUAAUAAACAGCAGUUGAACUUAAUAGUUUGAGUUUUAGUCAAAUUAAAAAUAUAUAUAUUUUCCCAUGCUGCCCCUCCGCAACAGGACCUAGUGCCACCAACCUGAUCAUUGGCUCCAUCGCUGGAGCCAUCCUGGUGGCAGCCAUAGUGCUGGGAGGGACAGGCUGGGGCUUUAAGUAAGGACUGGCCUGCUUGUGUUUAUCUUGCAGAUUACAACAUCAAUUUGUCUUACACACUCCAGGAGUUGGGCUUCUGCUAUAGACAACAAAACAGUCUGAAUUUGAAACCGUAAUCUAUCUCAGAGAAAUUUCCUGUUAUUUCUAAUAGUUCGGUAUUAGGAGAGGUAACAUUUAAACUGUGGCAGAACCUCAAAUGAACUGGAAAUGUGUGGUUAAAAGCUUGCCAUGCAUGCUAAAUAUAAAACUUCAGCUGAGAUACAUGCAGGCUUCUCUACCUGGGCACUGAUGUUAAAAUACAGGCUUGAAGUAUUUGAUACAAACCUUUGCGGCACCUGAAGUUUUAGUAAUCAUAUGAUAUUUAAAGCAUAUUUUGUUAUUAUGACUGAACUGUCCCUGAUCAUUUGCCACUGACCUCCUCCAGUGUUGGGUAUGAGGUUCACUGAGCAUUUCAUUGUGCACAUUAGCCAGAAACUUGUUAAUGAUAUGUGCCUAUACUACUGCAAGGACCUGGCAUGGUAUGGCCGAGGUCAGAAAAGAUGGCAGAUCAUGUCACUUCUUCUUCCUCUUUCUCCUUGUGAAGUUGCAAAGGAAAUGCAUCAUUGUGCCUUCAUCAUUGGGUUGAAAGUCAUGGUAUUGUUCUAGACAUCAUUUUGAGGCAUGGUCCCUUUCAGCAUCCAAAUCUUCCUUCUCACCAAUUUUUUGGACAUCAUGAAAAUACACUAUUGCUUCUUGUGAAAAUAUUGUAAUAUGUAUAAUGACUUUUGCAGAGGACUAUUGCACAGUUUAGUGAUGAAGCUCAACACUAUGUAAUAUAAGCACUUGGACAAAAAUUAUUAACUUGUCUAUAAUUAAGACCUUCCCUUGCCUUAAUCUCAGUGCCAGUCCUCUCAAGUCAGGAUUCCAUGUGUGUCCUAAGAUCAUUCCUGUUCAUUUUAGUCCACUCAUCCACUGACUGGUACAAAUCUCAAUUUAAGCACUGUGCAUGCUUCAACAUAUAGGACUGCAAAUGCAUGAUUUUGUCCACUUCCCAGAUCCAGGUGUAAAUUUACAGUUUGCAUGUAGCUGUCAAAAGAAAAGUGGGUCAAGAACUGAACAGUGUUUUUGUCAUGUUGAACACUAUUAAGUAUAUUAUUGUAUGAAACUCAUUGUCCAUUGUAUGAAACUCAAGUUUUAACCAUAGUAUCUAACCCAAGUAUUUUUGUCUGUUUUUCUCUAUCAUCUGAAUGGCAAGAAACGUCAAAAAGCGAAGGUAUGAUCCAAACGCAUCCGCCAUCUAGUGGAGAAAAUGGAUGGUGAUCCUCCAAAGCUUCUUAAGUAAUCUACAGCUGGACUACAAUUUUUGCUGCUCUUUCUGACAUUAGUUAUAAAUAUAAUAUAAAAUAAAAUAUGAUAUACAGUAGAUAACAAAACCACAUAUUAGUUGUGUAGAAAUGCAGCUUCUCAGCUCUGCCCUCUUUCACAUCCCAAGCUCACUGAGAUGGUUUAAUUGCCAGGUUUCAUCUUUCAUAACGACCAAUCCCACUUUCAUCAUCUUAUCACAGAGCACCAGCUACUCUGACAUCCUGGGCAAAGGGCUGCAUGGCUACCUAUGCUUACUGAUACUUGACAGAAAAGAGCAGUAAACCCUCUGAAAGGCAAAGGAGAAAAUGCCCUUUCACACCUAUAGGAGAACAGAUAUGCCAUUGCUCUGGUACUACAUCAGUGUGAGGUAGGGUGAGUUCCGCUCAGUGAACUGCAGUUACUCUGGGACAGAUUGUACGUCGCCACAGACUGCGACUUCCUCAGUGGUUUAUUACAUCAAGUUGAACCCAGCUGCAUAUAGGCCUUAACGUAUUACACAUAUCACAUAGAGACAUGGAGUAGACUGGACUCUACUGCUGCACAGACAGAGAAUGAGUUAAGGUGCUGAUCUGUAAGAUGAUUUACACUGACUGUUUCAGCAUUAUGUUUUGCUUUUAAUAGAGCAUGCUAUAGAGUAGGCAUAGUUUGAAACAGUCAUACAAUCAAAUUUGCUCCUUCACGUUCAACACAAAUAUAUAACUGUAGUUUUAAAUCUCAGAUUCAGAGGUGUUGUAUACAAAUAUAUUUCAGGUGAGGGAUUGCUGAGGGAAUCAAACUGGAUAAGCCAAUACGAUUCUUCUUGCAGUUGUUGAGUUUGAUCCUCACAGUGACUUAAAGCCAAAGAAAUAUUUGCAGGCUUUUGGGUGCCUAAAGGAGAACUCUUUUCCCCUUGUAAUAUGUUGGAUUAGACACGGAGGAGGUUUCCAAUUAAACACAAAAAGAAAUCCUUGACAGUUUGCCAUAUCACAUUCUGGGGAGGUGUCAAGUAACAGUAAGUCAAAAAAGUGACUUACAUACAGUAUAAACUUGAAGAUGUUUCAACGCUCAUCCAUUUCUGAACCAAUUCAGUUCGUCUAAACUGCUGAAGCCAUCAUGAGUAGAGUCAACUUCUUCAAAAUGACACUGCAGGUCCUGUCAAUUUGACUUGCUGGUGCUAAACAAUUUGGUGCCCUGGAAGACUGAAAACCUUUAUCCUGGGGUAACGUGUAAUUACAUAUACAUGUUUAAUUUUGACCUUAGAUGAGGUCUUGUACCAAUUUCGUGGCACUUCAUUUAGCUCUCUUUGCUAAGCCUGUAGGGUGCAAUUGCUUUGCUGCAUGCAUUCACAAUAGUUGACUUACUACUAUAUAAAGAAGUCCCCAAACCAAUAAGAAACUUAUACCACAGAAGGAUACGUGUGCAUGUCAGCUACAGAACAUCUAACUUUUAUUUACUAUGCAAAAAAGAAAAAAAAUAUUGCACAAACUCAGAGUUGUUGGAUGUGAUAAUAAGUUCAAUGCCAUUAUAUACAAAACCAGGAUCGCCAGUAAGGUCAUCUUCUUCUUCUUUUUUUUAUAUUAGCCAAACUAUUAAAUGUAUUGUUGCACUUCAUACUAAAGAAGAAUUGUUGGCAGAAUUCAUGUAGGUAUUGAAUGAAUGUAUUUUAAUUUAAUGGGAGCGAAUGUAUUGUGUCGGGUUUUGAAUAAAUCCGGUAAUUAUUUCCUUGUCUGAUAUUUCAGGUGAGGUUUUAAGGUCUCACUUUUUAAAAAUGUAAUGCUUUAUUUUUCAUUAAAUACUGACUAGUCCUCUGUUGUGAGCAGAGGACAAACACACUUACCGCCUUUAUUCACAGUACAUGAACAGAAGUUCAAUCAAAUAAAAAACAUAAUGAUCAAUAAACUGAAAAUGUUUUACAUUUCAA